UCUUAAAAGGACGACCAAAAAGGUCUGAGAAGAGUCUACAAAGGUACCGUUAACAGUAGCAUAUACGAGAAAGUUCAAGAAUUCGUUGGAGCCUGUAAGCAGAGUGGUGAUGGGAGACGAGGGUUGGAGAAAGAUUAGACUUUUAUGCCCCUCUGUAUCGAAGAUUAUCGACUGGGUUGCUUGGAACGAUCAGAAACUCGACUUUAAGUCUAUAGCCGCAGCGUUUGGGCUCGAACCGUCGACGGUGAAGCUCAAUGGUCACUUCAUAAGCAGAGAUAAUGAUUUAGUCGCUUCUUGUGUGACGUGGAAGUCUUUGCUCGCUUUCUUCUCAGCUAAAGGCUUGUCUACUGGUAAAGACGGAGCUGGUGCUCUCCUAGUUGACGGCAAGCUCUCUAGAGUCGGUACCAAAAGAGCAUACUCUGGUUCUCAAGAGGACAUAACCAUCAACAAUCUUGGUCUAAACAGAAACAAGAAGUUGAAAGAUAAGUGUUCAGGUGAUGAACCUCUGCUCUCUGGAAGCAACAAGAGAAAACUCUUGUCUGAAGAUAUGCACUCACUCAAGAAACUAAAACUCAAUAUGGGUGAUAGCUCAGGAAGACAAAGUGAAAUCGGCAAAACGCCAUUAAAAUGCAGUUUCACUAGUGAUGGUCUCAAGAGGACAAGAGAAGAUGAUAUGAUUGCGUCCACAUCUCGUAAGAAGAUAAGAUAGAGAAGUACUAUGUAAAAGCAGAGCAUGGUG